AUGGCAGUGGGGAAGGCCAUGCAUCAGACUAUCGCUUCUCUUCGUGUCCCACAGCAAGGAUGUGUGAGGCCCCCAAGCAGCGACCAGAACGAUAUGAACACUGCCAAAACUCCGUCCCGACCUUGGUCUUCCCGAGAAGGAGAAACAGGCCCAUGUCUACCGAUGCCCGAUGCCGUGAGCGUCACUUCAUCUGCGCCGAUGCUGGGCAGCGCCUUGGACGGCUUGAAGGCUCGCGAAGUAGCGUCCGCUAGUCGAGCCCAUCCAGCAUGGUGGUCUAACUAUGUGUUCGGACUCGCCCCGGGGUCUCGGGAUGGGCCAGGGAUGAAGCUUCAUGGCGCUUCGUAUAUACCAAAAAUAUACCUCAGCCUAUUCUACGAAUCUCUAAAGGAGUUAAUGGCUGUCGAGGACGAGAAUGAUGGGCAAGCCCGUGUGACUUGUCGACGAUGA